AUGGUCAGCGCCCGUGCUCUCAUCCUUGCGGCCACCUGCUGCUGCGCCUUCCUGUGGCUCACAUGUGCAGAAGAAUCCUCUCUGGAGACUCGAUCGUUGGAUUUCUCACUGAAGAACCAGCAGGAGAAAGACCUGAUUGAUGCCUUACAAGAGGUGUUGGAGAAGCUGAGGAGCAAAGAGAUGCCUUUAGAGAAAAAGCUUGGCUGGCUACCCUCGUGCGAUGCUGGGGAGCCGUGUGCAGUGCGUAAAGGCGCACGAAUUGGCACACUGUGCAGCUGUCCUCGGGGGACUUCUUGUAACUUUUAUGUUCUCAAAUGUUUGUAA